UAUUCUAUUGGCGAUGAAAGGAAAAGAAAAAAGGAGAAAUAUGUAAUGUGGGAAUCCAAGAGAGAGAAUACAAACUUUAUUACUUGAAGAAGCGAAGGAAGAUGUUGCGAAUCGUUUCGAAUUCGUAUGCAAUCAAGUGUUCAAGUUUUAUAUAUAGAUAUCAUCUUAAGAGAGAGCGAUGCAAUAGAGGAGAAUCAAUGGAUUUCUUCGACACAAUGCAAAUCCCUUACAAAACGGUGAUAAAAGAGGAAUGGAAGAAUCUGAAUCAAGAAUUGAUCGACAAGACGAGAAUCGUGUUUCCAAUGACGACCAGCGGAGACACGGCGUUGCAUCUCGCCGUGUACAGCGGAGAAGAAGAGCCGACGAGAGCUCUACUGGCGACGAUGUCGGAGAUAGAUGAAGAAUUCUGGAAGAACAGAGCCGGAAAUACGCCGUUGCACGAAGCCGCCGCCGUCGGGAAUCUGGCCGCCGUCAAGCUUCUGGUGGAGUACAACAAAACGGAUCUGUUGGCGAUGAACAUUUACGGCGAAACGCCUCUGUUCAGAGCGGCCAGAUUCGGACACCUUCACAUCGUCGAGUACUUUCUGGAAGAUUGUGAAGAUUUCUUUUCUCGAUCGCCGAUAAAUUGGACCACAGGGAAGCAAAUGCCGAUCAUUCACGCGGCUAUUCAGAGCGAGAAAUUCGAUGUGGUUUUGAGAUUGGUUGAUUUCGAAAAAUCACUGUUGGAGAUGAAGGAUCCAGAAGACAAAACAGCUCUUCAUGUGCUCGCAAACAUGCCGCUCGCUUUUCGAAGUGGAUCCCCCCUAAAAUUCGUCGAAUCAAUUAUCUAUAAAGUGCUUCCUAGUGAUGACAUUUACAAAUAUAAUUUUUCAAAUUUUGGGUCUUCCGACAAAGACGAAUCUGAAGGCUCUAGUGCUACGAAAAACAAGAAGAACGAAGAUUUAGAAGCACAACGUAGUUCUGAUCGUGGACUUAAUUUUUGCCAUUCAAAUUGCUGGAAAUAUUUUGUACACUUUUUGACGUGCUAUUUCUGGAGAUUCAUCUUUCAAGGGUGGCCGCAAUGGAAACAAUUGUACCUGAAAAAGCGGGACCACAAAUUGGCUGUAACCAUCACCAAGAUGCUUGCUCAGAUCGAUUAUUCAUGGCUCAACACCAAACCGACGCCGGAGAACAAUGAAGUCGACUCCACCGGCGUCCACCUCCAGAUCGACGGCAAAGACUUCCCCACAGACACUAACCAAAGGCCGGAGGACGACAAAUCGGAAACUAAAGACAUCGAGUACGACGAUCACCACGAAACUCCGCUCCUCCUCGCCGCCGCCAACGGAAUCAUCGAG